AUGUCGCUCGCCACUCUUGAUACCGCGCAACACCCCUACCUGCCAACCGCAUCGGCGACCCUCUUCCGGGCAAAGGAAGCCAAGAAGCUCAGCUUUGAAAGGAUUGCCGAGUAUCUUGGUCGCAAUGAAGUCGCCGUGGCGGCCAUCUUCUACGGCCAGGCCAAGGCCUCGCCGGAAGACAUCCACCGACUCGCCUCGUUGCUCCAAAUCCCCCAGCACCCGCUGGAGGAACAGCUGAGCGGAUUCCCUGACCGGGGCCGGUCGGUGGAGAUGCCUCCCAAGGAACCGUUGAUUUAUCGCUUGUAUGAGAUCGUGCAGAACUAUGGGUAUGCGUAUAAGGCGGUGCUGAACGAGAAGUUCGGGGACGGCAUCAUGAGCGCCAUUUCGUUUUCAACAAAGGUGGAGAAGGAGACCGACGAGGAGGGGAAUAACUGGGCUGUGAUCACUCUGCGAGGCAAAUGGUGCGUAUGA